AUGAUACCUUUCAACAUCUUACUCUUCUCUGCAAUCUUCAUCAGAGCGGUGAGAGGGGAAGGUCUUCAAGUAUCAACCAAGAACCCGGUUUCCAACUGUGUAGAAGGCAUCAACGAUGCUCUUACCGAAGUUACAUUUGGCGAUAUAGACCCUGACGCCGCUUACUACACCGGACUAUGCGGGUCGGUAUUCCAUACGACGAGUUUAGCUUUGUCCACUAUGAAAUGGUGUACCAAGCAGAAACAAAGGGAUAAAGGAUGGGGAAAGAUGAAUGGAUACUGCGAGGAAUAUGGUGGUCUGCCUCUACCCUCCUGGGACGAACUAUUAUCGAAAGUGAAUCAGUCGAAUGUCGUCGAAGAUGUCAAUACGACUGAUCCGACUAUUACUGGGACGGUAUUUAAUAGUACGAUCGUACUGAGUGAAGAAGCUUGGAGAGCAGGACAGCAUACUGAUGAUGCUUGGACUACUGAAGAGAAUUAUCACCACGGGUUUGGAUGGGGAUUAUACAUCCUAGUUGGUUUAGCCAUUCUCGCCGGCACGUUAAAUCGAAUAUUCGCAUUACUCGUUCGAUCAUAUACCCUCUCAGGCUCAUCGGUACAUGAGAUCUCUCCCCUCUCUCACAGAAGCCGAUGGUACACAAUGUACAAAAAACACCUCGAAGUACCAGCUUUGUUCGGGUACAAACAUUCCCAAGCUUCUGCUUGGGGGUUCCUGAGUAUACCUACCAGGUUACAAGGUCUGUUCAUAUUCGGAUAUGUGUCUCUGAAUGUCAUAUUCACUGUAGUAGGAUACGAUAUCUUCUAUGAGAAUGUUUACUGGUACGGCCAUAGAGAUACACAGAUCAUACGAUAUCUAAGCGAUCGAACGGGUAUAAUGUGUUUCUACAAUUUACCUCUUCUGUGGUGUUUGGCAGGAAGGAAUGAUGUGAUACUUUGGAUGACCGGUUGGUCUUAUAGUACACUUAAUCUGUUUCAUCGAUGGGUGGCUAGAAUAGCUGUCCUUCAAGCUAUCGUUCAUUCCGCGGGUUAUACGUGGCUUGAGAGGGGAUAUAUAGCCGAAGUGAUGAAAGAGCGAUAUUGGUGGACCGGUGUUGUAGCAACGAUCGUCAUGUCUUUACUUAUCCCAUUCUCCGUCCGACCAUUCCGAGAGAAAUUCUACGAACUCUUCUUGAUAAUUCAUAUCGGAUUGGCAUUGGUCACCUUGGUCACCUGUUGGUAUCAUGUUGAAAUUUGGGAUGGGGCCUAUGAUCCUUGGAUAUGGGCCAGUGUGGCUGUCUGGGCGAUGGACAGGUUCAUUCGGGUCAUUCGUGUGCUCGUCCUAACCUACAAAGGAUUAUCGAAAUCCGGUAUCAACACAAAUGCCACUAUCCCUUGGUCCCCUUCCGAUCAGAGAGGGUUAAUCAGACUGUCCAUCACUACAUCAAUCAAGAUCGUGCCUCAACCGGGUCAAUACUACUUCAUCUAUACUCCCUAUUCACUCAAACCAUGGGAAAAUCAUCCUUUCACUCUUGCUUCUUGGACCGUCAACGCACACGAUUCUACCUUAAACUUCCUUGUGGCACCCCUCAAAGGAGCUACCAAACGAUGGCAGAAGAAGAUUCUCAAAAAUCAAGAAAGAAAAGUCGAUAUGAGAUUAUUGUUAGAAGGAGCUUAUGGACAUACCAACCCUGUUGAACAGUAUGAUAGAGUUUUGUUUUUGAUAGGGGGAUCAGGUAUAACGUCAAUCUUACCAUACUUGUAUAAGUUGAAAUUGAUCUCAAUCCAAGUGCCCGAACCGAUGGUCAGGGAAAUAAGGGUAAUUUGGAUAGUGAAAGAUCAAAAUUAUGCGAAAGACGUUCUGGAGCAUGAGUUGAAAGAAUAUGUAGAUAUGGCAGUAUGUGGCGAUAUACCCACCAAAGUGGAGUUGUACGUUGCCAGGGGAGGAGCGAAUGGUCAACAGGACUUGAUAGGAUCACUGAGAUACGAUACCACCGAAUCGAGCUCUACCUCAGGAUCGAGUUCACCUGGGAUCACGUCAACGCCAAUGAUCGAAAAAUUCGAAUCUCAAGAUACUAAUAAGCCCAGUACAAAUGCUAAUAACGAUGGUGAAUUACCGACUUCGAAUUCCGACAUGGAACUUGAAUCUUCAGCUUCCAAAGAAAAAAUUACCAAGUCCGUUGGUCUCACCAUCCAUCAAGGUAAACCAAUCAUCAAAGACCUGAUACACCAAUCUGUAAAUGGUCUAGUAGGAAGCGAGAGAUUAGCCGUAUCGGCUUGUGGACCUGCCAAGUUGAUGGAUGAUGCGCGUGCGAGUGUCUGUGAGAUUUAUGGGAAUGGUGAGAACCAAGUUGAUGGUAAAAGGAUCGAAUAUUUCGAAGAAUCUUUCUGUUGGUAA